ACCCAAUCGCACGCUUCCUGCUUACUGAGCUUUCCAGUGCGCCUUUGAUAUACGCUAACAUUUGCUUUGAGCAUCGCAGUUGCUACACGAUCAUCAAAGAAAUACUUUUUCCAGUUGGUGUUCGAGGAACUAUCUCUCAUCAUGAAGGUUCUCGCAUUUACCCUGAUGUUUUUGGCGCUUAUCUCCUUCGUGAUGUCCUUCUGCCAGAACGAGGCAGAAAGUGCCUCGGAAUGUGUCCGGAACCUGAAGGAGAGCUGGAAAUUCGACGACGCAGCGUCCGACGAAGAUGCUAAGGGUGUCGUCUGCUGCAUCGCAGACGACAUCGAGGGAUGUGUGCGAAGACACCUGACGGGAAGAUGUUCUGAUCUUGCGUCUCCGGUGUCCGAAAGGGCUAGAGGAGCUUUCUUCGUGGUCUUAACGGGCGACCGAGAGGCUGACUUCUGCACCGCACGCGCGGGUCCUACAUGCAGUGCCCUGAAGUCUCGUUUUGGAAACUGAGCGACCAGGGCUACUUGCUUUAUAACUGUUCCGUAUAUUAAACGGGCCUUUGUUAAACCA